AUGAUCUGGGGAAGAACCGAGUGCCACGAUGCCGACGAAGAGAACUACCCCAGCAGGCAAACAACGUGUGCGCACUGGCUGCUUGACGUGUCGCCGGCGCAGAAGAAAAUCCGAAAGUUUGUGGAUGAGACCCCCGCCACAACUCCUUCACUGCAUGAGAGUGGUACCGUGGAGCACGAGCAAACACCUGCCGAAUGUCAUGCAGAGCCUCUAGAACUACUUGCAACCCCCAAUCACGCUACAGCGCGUCUUUCUUCGAGCGGUGCUAUUCCAGUCCACCAGGCUCGGCGCGAGCUUUCUUUUACCUCUCUGUCGGAUUCCGGCAAUGAUCCUGAGACAGGGUUACUGCGACAUUACUGCUAUGCGCUAGCCCCUUGGAUUGACGUCGGCAAUCCAAGCCGUGCUUUCGGCCUCGAGUUCCUGAUCCUUGGCAGGCGGGUCCGACCACUUCUUGCUGCUAUCCUUGCGCUUGCUGCGGGCCAAAGGUCGCUUGUAGUGCCGAGACACGCAGCCGACGACCUCGCCAUGAGCCUCAGGUUUCGCGAAGAAGCUGAGAACGGCCUUCCUUUGGAAACUCCUACUAUCCAGAGGGUAGGAAAUGUAUUUUUCAUACUGCAUGAUUUCUUUUCCUCGCGUCCAUCCCAGUGGAAGACUUUGGUGACUGGUCAUAUCAAUGCGCCAGGAGGCCUCGGAUGCCUGGCAGCCUCUGAUGGAGGGUUCAAUGAACCGUCUUUCUGGGUCACACUCAGAAUCGAUCUUGCUGCAUCUAUUAUAAGCUUUGAGCCUCCACAUAUGCUGAUCCCCCCGCCAGUGUCCAGUUCAGAGUCAGCUCCGAUCAAACAGGUCUAUCAGCAUAGUCUCCUCCUUCUUGCGCAUACGUUGACCUUCGUCUUCGGAGGUCCAGCCACAUAUCUUGAGGGCUUGGGCCAAGUAGAGGCUGUCUCCGCUUUGAAUCCAGUGUCGCAAUGGAACUAUCUGUGGAUGGAAUGCCGGAGAUGGUAUCAGAAUCGUCCUCUGCAAGUUCAGCCCGUCUUGGAUGUUCGAGCUGCGCACGCAGAUGAGAUUGACCCACAGAACGCUUCUUCCUUCCCAAUCUUGGUCUAUACAACACCCCUCGCACUAGUCGCCAAUGCUGUCUACCAUGUCGCGUCUUUACUCCUUCUGACUCGCAAACCGCGCUUUGUGAAGACGCUGACCGGCCCGAAAUGCCUGUCCUCAUCUAUCUGGCAUGCUCAGUCCAUUGCCGGUAUUGCAACUAGCAACGAUACGGUUGAGCAGUGGGACCCGAUCCUCAUUGCGGCGCUGCUCCUCAUAGCCAAAGAUAUGACCCACCAUUUACAGCAGUCAGCGGUGUUGAACCGGCUACAAAGAAUUACGGAGUUGACAGGGAUCAACUUGGACUUCGAGAUCGAAUCUCUUCAAUCCCAGUGGCGCAUGUCACGAUACGAAGAACCAAUUGCUUGA